AUGGUCGCAACUUUGUGGAUGCUGUUCUCAGAGACAUUAAGUGAUGAUGACGCGCCGCUUAUAGAAACCCACAGCGACAUAGGAGGUCCAUCAUUAGUCGCUCAGGAUCAAACUGAAGAAUUAAAACAAUGUAUGAUCCCGUACGGCGCAUACGAGUCGAAGUCAGAAGCAAAUCGUCGGGUGGAAGUGCUCGGUGCCCUGCACCUACUGGUGCAGCAGUGGAUCAAGGAGCAAUCCUUAAAGAAGGGUCUGCCUGCUUAUGUGGCCCAUUCUGCAGGUGGACUUAUAUGUCCUUUUGGAUCCUACAGGCUGCGAGUUCACCCGAGAUUUGCUGAAAUCGACUUGUUAUGCGUUGCCCCGCGACACAUACAAAGGAGUGACUUUUUCACUUCUUUGUAUGAAUUGCUAAAGGGUCAUCCACAGGUGACGGAACUGCGAGCAUUACAAAACGCUUACGUUCCGGUCAUCAAGAUGACCUUUAGCCAAAUAAGAAUAAAUCUCUUAUUCGCAAGUGUGGAUUUCCCUAAAAUUCCUGUUUCUUUGAACCUGCGGGACGAUACGCUGCUCAAAAACAUGGACUACAAGUGUGUGCGCUCGGUAAACUGCUACCGAGCCACGGAGGAGAUCAUGCGCCUUGUGCCCAAUGUCAGCCACUUCAGGGGCACUCUGCGCGCCGUCAAACUUUGGGCUCAACGUCGCGGAGUAUUCUCCAACACACUUGGGUUCCUGGACAACGUGUCGUUGGCUAUGUUGGUGGCGUAUACGUGUCAGCUGUACCCUGACUCCCUUCCGUCCACGCUGGUUCACAAAUUCUUUUGUGUCUUGGCUCAAUGGAAGUGGCCACAACUUGCUCGGCAAAAGAAUUCCAAGGCUAUCACCAUGUUUCCUUUUUGGGAUUCUGCAGUGGACGUAUCGCACUUUUUUGAGUCGAUGCGAAUUGUAACCCCACUGUAUCCGGAGCAUACCUCCACCUUUAACAUGUCCAAAUCCACGAGGACUAUAGUCAUGGAGGAAAUAAAAAUAGGUCUGACGGCAACGGUCGAUAUAUUAUUAAAUAAACGUGGAUGGGCUAAUUUAUUUGAGAGUACCGAGUUUUUCUCCCAGUACAAGUACUACUUAGUACUGAUGGCCUCCUUCGUUAGCCCGGAGGACCAGCUGCAGGGGAGAGAGCUCGUUGAAAGCAAAAUACCAAACCUAAUACAAUCACUGGAUGGGAACUCUCAAAUAAGUUUAGCCCACCUCAACCCAGAGUGCUAUAAAUCUGUGCCGUUAGACACUAAUGAUGGACAGCCACUGGCCUUGCCACUAGGAGCAUCAGUGCCGACUGACCGAUCGCCAGAAUUACAGGAGGACGAAAACGGUGAAAUCAUAGCCAACUACAGCUCGAUGUGGUUCAUCGGACUAGUUCUCGAAAAGGCAAAUCCGAAGGUGGAUGUUAAAUUUGAAACCCGGAUCUUUAGGAAGGCCGUCAACAGUGAGGCAGAGACAUCCAAUAUUCUAAGAGAAGGGAUCUUAAUUGAGACGGAGCUAGUGGAACGAGGUCAGCUGUACCAGUACGUGUCCAGUCCUCUGCUGCUCGGCGAGCUGACUUCUCCGAGCACCGAGUGCCAGAAGAACAAUUUGUUUAAGUCCCCACUUCCUCACAAAACAAAACGGCCCGCAGAGAGCAGCAUCCAUGCCGAGACACCCAUAAAAAAACAAAAAUACUGCACUUCCAACUUACAACCAAGCCUGCUGCAAAGUGCUCGUCAAUACGAAUCAUUCAAGCCCAAACACAAGGCAACUACUUCAAAUAGUCAAGGAGAUCCCUCGACUGUCUUCCAGCUCCAACAUCUGGUCGACUUCGACCUUCGUCAAGUUGUAGUGUUGUUAAAGGCCUACUUAAACAUCAUACAAAAACACUACUCGCCCCUACAAUUUUCGAAAGUUCCCCUCGGUUUCUCCAGGAUUCCAUCAUCAGAUCCUGACCUCAUGACAAUGGGACCAAAUGGCAAGUAUACUCUACCGAAUAAAAAAAGAAUUUUGCAAAUCGGUCCAGGCGUCUUCGAGUAA